UGAACUUUCGUAUCCGUUCACGAUUUUGGGAUCGACGAGAUUUUUUGUUUUGUUUCAGACGCCUCUUGAUGUGUGUGUGAGUGGUUGAUCGUGAUAUUGAGCUUCAAGAGCAAGAGCAAGAGCAAUGUUGCCACCAUGCUGCGGGCUGAUUGUGGUCAGUUUGCUAUUGGCGACACGGGAGGUGUAAACUAGCCACACGAUCCGAACGGUGGUGGCAGUUUAGUUUUAAUCAGGACGCUGACCGGGUCGGGCCAGCUUCAGAACUCAUCCUGCCGUGAACGUGUGCUCAGCAUGAUGUGCUGUAAUAGCGAUUGCUCGCAGUUGUUUUGAGGCAGAGUUUGCAAUCGGGCGAAAGUUUAUCUCCAGUGAGCGCGUGUAUCAGUGGAGUGGAAACGGAACACAGUGACGUGAAGUUGGAGUUAACAAAAAAGAAAGUUGACCAGAGUACAGAUUGGAUACAGAUUUCCGCUCAGAACGCAGCAAGUCGCCUUGUGGCUUGGUUCCUCAUUAACAGAAAAAGAAAACAACAGAACCCACACAUAUCAGUGACAGUCGUGAAGCUGGUGCAUUAACAUUUGGGCAACUGUUUGAUGCUGCUUUCGCUGAAACGGACGGUUUAAUUAACUAGCAGCUACGCAUCCACAUCCAGCAGGAUCAUGUAUCACAGUCCGCAGCGUUUGUAUCGGCAUCCUAAAUGGAUAGAAACGACCCCGGUGUGCGACGUACCGGUGUGUUGCUGAGUGUUUCCUCGCGUCUGCGGUGGCGUCCGGUGUCCGUGUGGAAGAAAAUGAAAAGUGCCUGCCCCCCGUGCCGCACCUGGGGCGAUCAAUGGAGCCGCGUAGUGAACCGACCCGAACCCGCCGGCCGACUGCCGGUGGCGGUGGUUCGCCUGUGAAGGUGAAGAAAAAGUCUACCAAGCACACGGUCAAGUUUAAGGACCAGAGCGACGUGCGGGAGGACGUGCUGGUGGUGACGGUCGAGCCUCCCUCCCCCACGCCCGGCUCUCCCGAACCCUCCCCACCCGUAAAGACUGCCGUAACCUUUGCGCUUCCGCCGCUCGCCACACCCCACCGCCGUCCCCGGUCCAGCGGGUUCGAACAGUCGCCCAGUGCCGAUUCGACGACGGUCCGGUCGCUGCCGAAGAAGGACACGGCGAGGAAGGCACGGCCGACCGGCGACCAGCAACGUUUAUCCGAAGGAUGUACCUCGCUAAUGUACGCCUGCCAGCAGGGUCUUACCGGUGAUAUAUUGAAGGAGCUGCGACAAAAGCCCAGCGCCGUACAUCGACGGGAUCGGAGCAACAAAAGUGCCUUACACUACUGUAGCAGCGCGCAGGAUAUUGCUGCGGCUGCCAGCGUCGCCAUGGUAGCACCGGAGCUGAUCGAGUCCGCGGAUGAGGACGGAUUUACGCCGCUUCAUCUCGCGGUGAUACAGGGAAAUCUGCAGCUGGUCAAUCUGCUGCUGGCGAACGGGGCUGACGUGAAUGCGCUCGACAACGAGGGACACUCGGUCGUACACUGGGCCACCGUGUGCGGCGAGGUGGAAGCACUUCGUGCAGUAUUAGCAGCCGGUGCGGACGUGUCCACGCCGGACAUAAACGGUGGCAGUCCGCUGCAUUAUGCGGCCCAGAUGUGUGGCGCCAACUACGAUGGGAAGUCGGCCCGCGCAUCGGCGAAGCUGGCGCUCGAGAUCCUCAACACGCUCCUGAACCAUCCUGAUACUUCGGUCGAAGUAGAGGAUAAGGAUGGCCGACAACCGCUGCUGUGGGCCGCAUCCGCCGGCUCGGCCAAGGCUGUGCUGGCUUUGAUCAAAGCUGGGGCUCACGUCGAAAGUGCCGAUAAAGACGGAUUGACCGCGCUACACUGCGCAGCAUCACGAGGACACACCGAGUGUAUCGAUACGCUAAUAAACCUUUGCGGAGCGCACACCGAUCAGAUCGACUCGAAUGGCUGCACGGCGUUGCAUUAUGCGGUUACGCUCGGGCAUGCCGAUGCUACCUCGCUACUGCUAAAGCUCGAUGCCGACCCGAACCGACAGGACCGGAAGGGUCGCACCCCGGCUCACUGUGGCUGUGCGAAAGGCCAGAUGGAAACGGUGAAGAUACUGCACACGAAAAAGGGUAACCUGUGGCUGAGGAAUGCAAAGGGCGAUCUGCCAGUGCACGAUGCGGCUUCGUCCGGACGGCGCCAGCUCGUUCAGUGGUUGAUCCAGAUGAAACCGAAGCACAUUAACACGACCAGCAACGACGGACGGACGCUGCUGCAUAUUGCCGCCGGGCACGAUAAUGUGGACAUGUGUAAGCUGUUGCUGGAGCUGGGUGCCGAUAUAAAUUUGUUGUAUCGACCGUCCUCGAAAGGUGCACCGCUAACGCCACUGGAUUACGCGCUCGUUAAGGGCUACCGGUCAACGGCCAAGUAUCUGCAGAUGCAGGGUGGAUUACCGGCCAACAAGCUGCGACUUUCCGGCCGACAGCAAAAGAUUCUCCCCGACAUUGAUCGUGUUGAGCCGCUCAAGCUCACCGAAAAAGAGGAGCUGAUUGAUCUGAAAACAUCCAAACGCUAUAUCGUCUAUCUCAACUCAAACUCCGAGAGUGAAUCGCAAGAGGACCGAACACACCGCAAGAGCCGUCACAAGCGAAAAGGAAGUCACCGAGGCCGUCGCACCAGCAGCUGCAGCGACACGGUGUAUCUGUACCGGGACGGAUCGAACGAUAUCAGUCGAUCGCGCAGUAAUGCGGAGCUGCAUCGUAGCGAUCAGCAGCGAUCGACAAAGCAUCGUCGUAGCAGCAGCUCAUCGUCCGUCAGCACAACCGGAUCAUCUUCCGACAGCUGCUGCAAGCAUGUACGGCGAAAGCACAAAUGCUACAAAAAGUGCUCUUCCAAACGAUCACACUCGCGCGAUCGUCACAAGGACCGGGAUCGGGAGCGAGAAGAGUCGCACGACCUCAAGCAACCCGACUCGAUGAAGGAGUACGAGUUUAAGUACGCCGAAAAGAAGGACGCUGGGCCUCGAAAGCCUGGCGAACGGUGCGGGAAAAUAAUCCUUAAACAGGUGCACAGUGGUUCUUCCGAGAACGAUUCUCCCUCGAACGUGGGCGGCCGUGGGGGUGGCUUAAAGUUCUCCUCCGAACGUACCGCGCGUGAAACGCAUCUAGGCCUGCCGGCUGGGCUGCAGUACGCAGGUGGUGCGGGCGGUUUCGAUGCUUCCGGUGGGUUAGGUGAUUUUUUAGACGGACAGACGUCUCCGCGAACGCCACCACGGGCGGAGUUUAACAUUCGCAAAGAGUCGGACGUGAAGAGCGAAGGCAAAUCAUCCGAUUCCAGCACGACGAAGAAGAAGAAGGUGAAAGGAACGGGCAAAAAGUCGAAACUAGCCAAGUCGGCAAAAAAGUCUGACUCGCCGAGCGAGGAAGAACACACGAAGCCCGCUAGCUCGACGGAGAUCGUGACGGAAGCACAGGUACACCAGCAGCCACCCGAAUCGAUGUCAAAGUCGACGGAAGAUGAUGGUGCAGCAACGGAUGCGACCUACACGAUUGAACAGCGAACGCGCUCCGAUGUGGAGGGUCUCAGCGAGCCGGAAGACCGCAGCGCGAAAGGAUUACCCCGGGUGACGAGCAAACCGGUGACGGAAACCAUCGAAGAGGUCCGGGACGAGCAUGCGGUAGAGCUGGUACAUCAGCAAACGACCGCAACUAGAGUGGAGGUGCGCAAGGAUCGUUCGAAGCUGAAAUCCGCCAAGAGUGAUAGCAAAAGUCGCUCAAAGUCCGAAUCAACAGACAAGGAAAUUGGGAAAAUGCAGCAAAAACCGACACCCCCUUUAGAGGAACCGGCCGCACCACCGGCCCCUCCACCCCCGUCGCCUCCUCCGGUAAAGGAAAAAACACCGGAACCGGUAGCAGUACCGGAGCCACCCGAAGCAACACCGCCGGUACCGGAACCACUGCCACAGCUAGAAACACUGCCAGAAGUCAAGGAAGAUGGAAAGGAUCCGACAGUUGAAGCGCACACCCUGCAAGAGUUGGAAGUAGACCGUGGUGGUGGAGGUAUGGGUGACGAUGAGUCUCUAAUAGCCGAGGAAUCGUUACCACCUCUAAUAGAACCGGAAGAACCUGUUCCACCGGUGCAGCAGAUGGAAGCAAAACCCAUCCCGGCGCCGGUGGUCGAAGAAGAGAAAACAACGCCCGAAGAAUCGACCGAAAGCACACCUUCAAAAUCAAGCGAAGAGACGGAACCGCCAUCCGUUGUGGAGGAAGCAGCAACCGAGCAACCAGCGCCGGCAAAGGUAGAAGAGCCGCCGGCGGUAGUGGAAGAGGUGCCACCGGUGGUGGAAAAAGCGAAACCACCAGAACCUCCAAAAGAGCGACCGAAGCUGCGCCGUUCGAUGGAAUCCAAGAUGGAAAGCGUCGAGGAGGAUUCGAAAAUGGCGCCACCGACACCGGUAAAGGAUCAACCGGCGAAGGAUGCGGCCCCACCGCAACAGUUGGAUCAGGAGAAGGUGGAUCAAACGAGGGGCUUUUUCGUGAGUCUCGACGGUACCGAGGCCGACGACGACGACAAGAAGAAGAAGAAAAUCAAAAAGAAGCCUCGUCUGAAGGAAGAAGAGCAGCAGGAGCAGCAGAGCAGCAAGGAUCAGGACUCGGGGUUCGAGCCGAGCCCGCAGGCGAUACGUAGCAAGUCGACCGUUUUCGAACGUCCGACGCACACCGCGACACUACCGCGAAGGUCGGCUUUUACGAUGGUGGAAGAGCGAGCGGUCAGUUCGCGGCCCGAGGGUCGAAAGCCGGGCGACAAGAACGCCGUCAACAUGACGACCGUCCAGCAGUCGAUCCAUCGUAACAUCCGAAGAUAUUAUAUGGAAAGAAAAAUUUUCCAACACUUGUUAGAACUGAAAAGUUUGCAAAUACGGUCGACGAAAGUGAACGAGUCGGUGCUGGUGAAGCGGGCCGUCGACGAUUACCACAAGUCCACGAUCGAGCUCGGGUACGAGACGGGCAGCACGCUCAAGCGCUACCCGUACACGGAGUACUCGUUCCGGAACUUUGAGCUCUUCCUGUACGACACGCUCAAGAGCCUGCAGAAGAAGGAGACGUACAACUUCCAGAACAUCUCGGAGGUGUACGACGAGGCCGAACGAAGGCUCAGCCCGGAUGUGAGCCGAUACGAGCGUGCCCUAAACUGCACGACCAAAACACACCGAUGUCUUCAUGCGACCCACGCCUACACGGGCAUCCCAUGCGCUGCGUACAUACCGAUGAUGAACCAUCACACGAUACCGAAGCUCGGUUUCGGACCGUACAAAUCGAGCACGUCCGGGGUGGGCAGCUUUUUCUUGCCGAAAAUCCUAACGCACCCGACGGACCGCAGCUGCAGCGGCGGGAAGGUGGCGCUGGAGCUGACGCACGGUAACAGCAAGCAGGUCAUUACACUGCCAUCGGAGAAGCUCGAUAGCAAUAAGCGAUACUAUGUUACGUUCACGCUAAAUCCGGACUCCACCACUGACGGUGAUCCUCGUUUAUCCGCAGGCGAACCUGGACAGCAGCAGCAGCAGCACCAGCCCCACGAGCAACAGCCACCACCAUCCGCUACUGAUGCCCAAGAUAACGCUCAGCCACAACGCAGGCAGCAGCAGCAACAGCCACAGCACCACCACCAGCAACGGGCACCGUCUGUUGGGCCACAGUCGCAGUCCCGUGCCCUUCCCACAGUAGAGGAGCAGCGGUCCGAGCGUUCCAGUCCCGGGGGAACUCCUGCAUAGCACCGACGCUGCGGCACUGCGGCGGUGUCCGGUGUGGGUUGGGUUCUUUUCACUCGGUGGCUCCACGUUACCGGAGGCGACAAUGAGCCAGGUCGUACCAGGCUGCCGUUGCCACCCCGUCUGUGGGUAGGCUUUGGUGUAUUUUCUUUGGUGUAAAUAUAUGACCCUUGGCGUUGGGAUGUUGGGCAUUACGAUAGAGGGGAGAGGCCACAUUUAUGUGAGUGUUGUAACGUUCGCUUAAGUACCUUCGAAAAAGAAGCAGAAGAAAAUAAGAAAAAGAAUCAAACCAGAAAUUCAUUCAACUCGCAACCCAUUGUCUCGUGUGUGUGUGUGUGUGUGUUUUUGUUUCGCCCGAGGCAAGGGCUUAAUGUACUUUGGUACUGUUGAGAAAACUAUUCUUCACAACUCGUUCGCUCGCUUGGUUGGUUUGGUUGGGUUUUCCCCACCCGAAGGUCGUUAAUAAUGAUCCGACGGUCACCUUGACCUCCGUUGCUAUGCGUUGUUUUCGGAAGUUCCUCCACAUGUCCUUGCCUAGUCGGAGGCGUGUGGAGGUCAGUAUGGGACCCCAUUUUAUGGGGUCGUCAGCUUCCAGGAAGCCUACCCAGAAUGUCCUUGACCUAAAUAGGAAGGAAAUCUGUAAUUAAAUAGCACACCACUACUGGUUUCCUUUCACUUUUACUCCUUUUAAGACCCUUUAAGGGAUAAUUUGCAUACAAAGACCCGGGGUAACACGGCAUAGGCCAGGUUGGUCAUGCAAUUCUGAAGCGUCGCCUUAGGCUCGCGUGCGAGAGAGCUCUUUCAUUCAGUAAAUAUAGGUCGACUUAGAGAGGGUUCUUAAAAAUGCAUCAUAAUUUAGUAAAUUGCAUUUUAUUGCAUAGAGUUUUCCUGAGCAAAAUAACCUCAAGCGGACUUUGCAAGGGUCCCAAUGAAGUUGAACUAUGUGUACGAGAGCCCAAACCUCGUUCUCACGUUCUGAGCAACUCAAGAGCACUACCAUGAAAACAAAAUAUUCAAAAUGAGUUCCCUUACGUCCUUGGAUCUCAUCGGUAAGCGUCCUUACAAUUGUGUUACUUUCCGUAUCGCUUCCUUCACAAGAGACGCAUGUUACUUCCUGUUUUGUCUACUAAUUACCCGGGAAAAGCUCAAUUCAUUCUGCUUGUUUCUUUAUUGUACUAACUGCUCCAUGAUGGUGGCGUGCCCGUGCUGGCAAAGCCCAUCAACUCUACCCGGAACAUCAUCAAUCGGUGGGAAAGUUGCAAAAUUUAAUUAGCUUUGCUUCAUCAUUAUUUAACUAUACGGUGCGCGUUGCCGGUGCGCCCCGGUUGUUCCCUGGCUGUCGCGCGGGCAUUAUUAAUAACCGAUCAGGUUCGGGGAUGUGCUCAUACACCACUCAGGGAAAAGUUCCUCAUACAGAAACACACACACUCACACACCCUCAAUGUCUAAACUUUCAUCGCCGUAUACUGGCGUACAACAAUUUUCCCCGGAUAGUGUUCUUUGUUUUGAAGCGGAUAUAAUGUUCCGGGAUCGACGGUGCUGAUGUAGCUGCUGCUGCUGCUGUUGCUUUUGCAGUUGCUGAGGCUGUUAAUAUGUGUGCAUCUGCUGUUUACAUCGUUACUGUUGCCGCUGCUGCUGCUGUUGCCAAAGUGCUGGUUUUAAUGCUGUUACCUACAUACUAAUACGAUUGAUGUUGCGACAGGAGCACACUGGUUCGUGUUCUGCACAUUUUCAUCGCAUCGCACAAGUUAAUGGGUCCGAUUUGGAAGUGCAGACAGAACCUUCUCCUUACUUGCGCCGUGCGAUGAAUGUGUCCCCAAAUCAAGUGUCCUUUACGUGGUUUUGUUAGGAAAGAGAAAGCAAAAGUUGGUCGAUUUAUUAACGGCACUACAUGUAGAGAAGGUGAAAAUGAUAUUAAAUUUUAAGCAUAAAACAGAAGCAUAUUUUGUAACUUGCCUGUGACAAAGCGCAAGCGGAUUAGCGGAAAGGAUCGUGACAUGUGUAGAAAAUUUAACCGUCAAUGUGUUAGCUGUACAACUGUAGACUUGUUGUAAAUAAAUAGAGUACAAAA